AUGCGUUGGCCGCGCCAAAAGCCGACGCCGCUCGCCGCGCUUCUCCCUGCGCUCGCCGCCCGCGCCCCGUUGCCCGCCUUGCCGCGCCCGUGGCCGCCUCACCGCCCGCGCUCCUCCCUGCGCUCGCCGCCCCGCGCCGCAGCGCCAGCUCGCCGCCGCGCCCCGCCGUGGUUGUCCCGCCGCACCAGCUCGCAGCGGCGCCUCGGCGCCCGCCGCCCCCUGCGUGCGCGCCCGCGCCAUGGCGGCAUGCAGCCGCGCCCGCGUCAUGGUCGCCGGCAGUCGCGCUCCGCGCCCGCGCACGCCGCCCGCAGCCGCGCCCCGCACCCGCGCACGCCGUCUCCUGCGCUCGCCGCGGCGCCCGGCCCGCGCGCGCUCGCCCGGCUCCUCCCUGGGCACGCCGCCCGCAGCCGCACCCCGCACCCGCGCACGCCGCCCCCCGCGCUUGCCGCGGCGCCCGGCCCGCGCGCUCGCCCGGCCCCUCCUGAGGCCGCGCCCGCACGCCUGGCCCGCGCCCGCUCGCCGCUGCGCCCCCGCGCGCGCCUGCUCUUCCGCUGGCCCUCCCCGCCUCGCCGCGCCCUGUGA